GAGAGAAGACAAAAACGGCCGGGAGAUAUAUUAUUCAAGAUAUAAAGUAAAGAGAGUAUGACUUUGAAGUGAGAGAGUGGUACCAAUUUUUAGUGGUUUUGCGAUGCUGUUGCCUAGGCAAGGAGGCAAGGGAGCCUUGCGUUUGUUGCUCUCCGUUCUGCUCCUCGCAGCCUGGAAGACUGGGAGUGGUCAGGUCCACUACUCGGUCGCCGAGGAGGCCAAACACGGCACCUUCGUGGGCCGUAUCGCCCAGGACUUGGGGCUGGAACUGGCGGAGCUGGUGCCGCGCCUUUUCCGGGUGGCGUCCAAAGGCCACGGGGACCUUCUGGAGGUAAAUCUGCAGAAUGGCAUUUUAUUUGUGAAUUCUCGGAUCGACCGGGAGGAGCUGUGCGGGCGGAGCGCGGAGUGCAGCAUCCACCUGGAGGUGAUCGUGGACAGGCCGCUGCAGGUUUUCCAUGUGGUGGUGGAGGUGAAGGACAUUAAUGAUAACCCACCGGUUUUCAGAGCAAGAGAACAAAGGUUAUUUAUUCCUGAAUCUAGACUGGUGGAUUCACUUUUCCCGAUAGAGGGAGCUGCUGAUGAGGACAUUGGUACCAACGCUCUUCUAACUUACACCCUCAGCCCCAGCGAUUAUUUCUCUUUGGAUGUACAGGCAAGUGAUGAACUCAGUAAGUCACUUUCACUUGAAUUGAGGAAAUCUUUAGAUAGAGAAGAAACACCAGAACUUCAUUUAUUAUUGACAGCCACUGAUGGGGGCAAACCAGAGCUGGAAGGUACAGUUCAGCUGCUGAUCACAGUGCUCGACGUUAAUGAUAAUACCCCAUUGUUCGCCCAGGCUGUGUACAGAGUCCAUUUAUUAGAAAGUACAGCAAAUGGAACAUUAGUGACUACAUUAAACGCCUCUGAUGCCGAUGAAGGUGUAAAUGGAGAAAUUGUUUUUUCCUUUGGCAGUGAUGUUCCUCUAAACAUUCAAAAAAACUUCAAAAUUGAUUCCAACUCAGGAGAAAUUAGGCUAAUUGGUAGACUGGAUUAUGAGGAAACAAAAUCCUAUGAAAUUCAGGUAAAAGCAGUUGAUAAAGGAAAUCCUCCAAUGUCGAAUCACUGCAAGGUUUUAGUGAAAGUGCUGGAUGUAAAUGACAAUGCUCCACAACUGGCAAUCACACCUCUGUCUUUGCCGGUCAGAGAGGACACUCCACUCGGCACCGUCAUCGCCUUUGUCUCCGUGUCCGACCGUGACUCCGGCGUCUCUGGGCAGGUGACCUGCUCUCUGAUGCCUCAUAUCCCAUUCAAGCUGGUGUCCACCUUCAAGAACUACUAUUCGCUGGUGCUGGACAGCGCCCUGGACCGAGAGAGCGUGGCGGACUAUGCUCUAGUAGUGACCGCACGCGACGCAGGCUCGCCUUCGCUCUCCGCCACGGCCAGCGUGUCCGUGGAAGUGGCGGACGUGAACGACAACGCGCCGGCAUUCGCGCAGCCCGAGUACACGGUGUUCGAUAUGCAGUUUGGAUCAAGGCAAGAACGACACAGUAUUUGGAAAAGGCUUGCAAGGGUGUUUUCACGGAGAGAAGAAGGUCCAGGAGCCCGGCGAUUACUGUUUUCGCUUCUGCUCCUCUCAGUCUGGGAGACCGGGAGCGGCCAGGUUCAUUACUCAGUCCUGGAGGAGGCCAAACACGGCACCUUCGUGGGCCGCAUCGCCCAGGAUUUGGGGCUGGAGCUGGCGGAGCUGGUGCCACGCCUGUUCCGGGUGGCGUCCAAAGGCCACGGGGAUCUUCUGGAGGUAAAUCUGCAGAAUGGCAUUUUGUUUGUGAAUUCUCGGAUCGACCGGGAGGAGCUGUGCGGGCGGAGCGCGGACGCGGAGUGCAGCAUCCACCUGGAGGUGAUCGUGGACAGGCCGCUGCAGGUUUUCCAUGUGGAGGUAGAGGUGAAGGACAUUAACGACAACCAGCCAGUUUUCCCGGUGGCAGUAAAAAAAUUAUUUAUUUACGAAUCCCGGCCGCCUGGUUCUCGGAUUCCGCUAGAGGGCGCGUCAGAUGCAGAUAUUGGAGCCAAUUCUCUGUUGACCUACAGUCUUAACUCUAACGAUUAUUUUACCUUGGAUAUUAAAAGAAAUGAUGAUAAUAUUAAAUCCCUUGGACUCGUGUUGAGAAAAGUUUUAGAUCGCGAGGACACUCCUGAACAUCACUUACUAGUAACGGCAGUUGAUGGUGGGAAACCAGAGCUCACCGGAACUACUCAAGUGAAGAUCACCAUUCUAGAUGUAAACGACAACGCCCCAGAGUUUGAGAGGACUGUCUAUAGAGUCAGUUUAUUCGAAAAUGCACCAAACGGUACCCUAGCAGUGAUUGUUAACGCCUCUGAUUUGGAUGAAGGAGUAAAUAAGGACAUUGUAUAUUCUUUCAAUACAGACAUGUCAGCAGAUACUCUUUUGAAAUUCCACUUAGACCCAGUUAGUGGAUACAUCAGUGUAAAAGGUAAUAUAGAUUUCGAGGAAACUAAGUUAUAUGAAAUCCAGGUAGACGCGACAGAUAAAGGAACUCCCCCAAUGACAGGUCACUGCACGGUUCUGGUGGAAAUUUUGGACACCAAUGAUAAUGUACCUGAGUUGGUUAUCAAAUCACUAUCAUUACCUGUAUUAGAAGAUGCUCCCCUCGGCACGGUCAUUGCCCUAAUCAGUGUGUCUGACCGCGACUCUGGUGCCAACGGGCAGGUGACCUGCACCCUGUCACCCCGCGUUCCCUUCAAGCUGGUGUCCACCUUCAAAAACUACUAUUCGCUGGUCAUUGGGAAAUCUUUAGACAGGGAAGAAGCUCCGGAGAUUUUUUUAGUGCUCACUGCCACUGAUGGCGGCAAACCUGAGCUAACUGGCACCGUUCAGUUACUCAUCAAAGUGCUGGACGCCAAUGACAACGCCCCAGCUUUCGACAGAACACUCUAUGCCGUGAAAUUACCAGAAAAUGUUCCUAAUGGAACGUCGGUAAUGAAACUUAACGCCUCAGAUUUAGAUGAAGGCUCGAAUGCGGACAUUAUUUAUUCAUUCUCAACUGAUAUUUUACCAAAUGUGGAAUCCAAGUUUCACAUAGAUCCACUUACUGGAGAAAUUAUGGUAAAGGGAUAUAUCGAUUUUGAAGAAAGCAAAUCCUAUGAAAUUCUUGUGGAGGGUAUUGAUAAAGGACAACCCCCACUCUCUGGCCAUUGUACAGUUAUGGUGGAAGUUGAGGACACCAAUGAUAAUGUCCCAGUAAUGGAAUUCAAGUCUUUGUCGCUCCCAAUCAGAGAAGACGCUCCAUUAGGCACGGUCAUCGCCCUCAUCAGUGUGUAUGACCUCGACUCUGGUGCCAACGGGCAGGUGACCUGCACCCUGUCACCCCGCGUUCCCUUCAAGCUGGUGUCCACCUUCAAAAACUACUAUUCGCUGACAUUUGAAAAUUGCAACGAAUUUGCGAUGGUAUAUUCCCAGAGAAGAAGUCCAGGUUCCCGGCGCCUGCUGCUCUCGCUUCUGCUCCUCGCAGUCUGGGAAGCUGGGAGCGGCCAGGUCCACUACUCGGUCCCGGAGGAGGUCAAACACGGCACCUUCGUGGGCCGCAUCGCCCAAGACCUGGGGCUGGAGCAGGCGGAGCUGGUGCCGCGCCUUUUCCGAGUGGCGUCCAAAGGUCAUAGAGACCUUCUGGAGGUAAAUCUGCAGAAUGGCAUUUUGUUUGUGAAUUCUCGGAUCGACCGGGAGGAGCUGUGCGGGCGGAGUCUGGAGUGCAGCAUCCACCUGGAGGUGAUCGUGGACAGGCCGCUGCAGGUUUUCCAUGUAGAGGUGGAGGUGAAGGACAUUAACGACAACCCGCCAAGGUUUUUCCGACAGGAACAAAGAUUAUUUAUUUUAGAGUCAAGAAUAGUGGAUUCCCGGUUUCCGCUAGAGGGCGCAUCUGAUAUGGAUGUCGGAGCAAACGCAGAAUUGAGAUACAAAUUAAAUCCUAAUGAAUAUUUUGAUUUGGAUGUUAAAGCAAAUGACGAAGAAACAAACAUUUUAGAGCUGGUCUUAAAGAAAGCAGUAGAUCGAGAAGAAAUCCAGGAACAUCUUUUAUUACUGACUGCAAUUGAUGGAGGAAAACCUGAACUAACAGGUACAGUUCAAUUAUUGAUCAACGUAUUGGAUGCGAAUGAUAAUGCCCCCAAAUUUGAUAAAUCAGUUUAUAAUAUCAGAUUAUUAGAAAAUGCACCGAAUGGGACAUUAGUUAUUAAACUGAAUGCCUCAGAUGCAGAUGACGGCAUUAAUAAGGAAAUAGUAUACCUCUUUAGUGAUCUUGUACUUGACAAUGUCAAAUCUAAAUUUAUAAUCGAUUCGAAUAAUGGGGAAAUAACAGUUAAGGGAGAACUGGAUUACGAAGACUGUAAUUUAUAUGAAAUUAAUAUUGAUGCUGUAGAUAGAAGUCCAUUCCCAUUAACUGGACACUGCAAAGUAAUAGUAAAACUCCUAGAUGAGAAUGAUAAUACCCCAGAGAUGGUCAUAACUUCCAUAUCUCUGCCGGUCCAAGAGGACGCUUCAGUGGGGACUGUCAUCGCCCUGAUCAGUCUGUCCGACCGCGACUCUGGUCUCAAUGGGCAGGUGACCUGCACCCUGUCACCCCGCGUUCCCUUCAAGCUGGUGUCCACCUUCAAGAAUUACUAUUCGCUGGUGCUGGACAGCGCCCUGGACCGAGAGAGCGUGGCGGACUAUGCUCUGGUGGUGACCGCACGCGACGCAGGCUCGCCUUCGCUCUCCGCCACGGCCAGCAUGUCUGUGGAAGUGGCGGACGUGAACGACAACGCGCCGGCAUUCGCGCAGCCCGAGUACACGGUGUUCGUGAAGGAGAACAACCCGCCCGGCUGCCACAUCUUCACGGUGUCUGCGCGGGACGCCGACGCGCAGGAGAACGCGCUGGUGUCCUACUCGCUGGUGGAGCGGCGCGUGGGCGAGCGUGCGCUGUCGAGCUACGUGUCGGUGCACGCGGAGAGCGGCAAGGUGUACGCGCUGCACCGCAUGAUGUCGCUGUCUACCAUGAAGUCAAUCUAG